AUGAACGAGAAAAAGAAUACCAUUUUGAAGGGUAAGGGAUAUAUAUUGAAAGGAGCAAAUAAAGAAUUUAUUGAAGAUAGAAAGAAAAGAGAUUUAUUUCUUGAUAAAAAGAAAAAGAAUAUUUUUAGUAGAUUUAAUCCUUUAGCAUUACCUUUAUUAGGUAAGAAUAGAUUAUAUGAAGAAGAUGAGAAAUGUGAUAUGAAAAAAAGAAGAAGCAAUGAGAAAUCUAAAGAAGGAAAUAUUAAUAUUAAUGUUUUAAAUGAGAAUGAGUUUAAUAGUUAUUUACUACGAAAUAAAGCCUUUCGAUUAACAUGGACUAGUAUUAUAGAAAAAAUAAAACAUGAAAUAGAUAUAGAAAUAUAUAAAAAUUUAAAUAAUGUAUUUGAAGAAAUAUAUCUAUAUUCUAUAUCAAAUAAUGAAUACCUACCUUUAAUUUUAAUAACGGCUGGUACAAAUGUUGCUGACCAUGAAAUUAUUAUUGAUGCUUUGUCAUAUGAAUUAAAAAUAUGGAAUAAUCAUAAUAAUAAUAAUAAAAAAAAAAAAAAAGAAGAAAAAUAUGAUAUGAACAAGUCAGGCAAUCUGUUUGAUUAUGUACAUGGAGAAGGAAAGGAUUAUAUAUAUGAAAAAAUAAAACGAGAUACGAACAAGAAAGAUAAUAUGAAUGAUAAAAUAAAUAUAAAUCAAAGUGACCAUUUGUAUGAUAAUAUAUAUAAAAAUAAAGGAAACUUAAUUUUUACAUCUAAUCAAGAAUGUGUAGAUAGCUUUAUGAAUCAAGCACAUGAUGAUAAUAAAAUAAAACAAAAAGAUAAAAAAAAGAAGAAGAAAAGAAGAAAAAAACAGAGAACAUUCAACGGUAAUAUUUAUACAAAAGAUGGUAGUACACCAUGUAAUAGUAAUGACAAUGAUGAUAUAAAAAAUGAGGGUGAUAGUAAUUAUAAUGAUAAAUAUAAUGAUACAUAUAAUAAUAAAUAUAAUAAUAAAUAUAAUGAUGAAUAUAAUGAUGAAUAUUAUGAUGAUAAUGAUGAUAAUGAUGAUGUGUAUGUGUGUUCUCUUAAUUCGAACACGUCUAAUAAUAUAAAUUCUGCUGUAUAUAAUAUUUAUACCCAAUUAUAUAGAGAUUAUAAAAUGCGAUAUUUUUUAAAAAAAUAUAAAAAGAAAAGUGGCCAUAAUAAUAAUAAUAAUAUGAAUAACCCUUAUGGUUCAAGUGAUACAAGAAAAAGAACUCGUAAUUAUAGUAACAGUAGUAAUUCUAAUAAUUUAAAUAUGGAUGAACAAGAUGAUGAUUAUAAUAUUAGUAAUAAUAAUUCUUUUGUUCGUUUAAAGUUUUUAAACAAAGAAUUUAAGGAAGACAACAAAGUGAUACAUAAUAAAAAUAUGGUCAAUAUAGAUAGGUUGAUAGAUUUAUAUAAAAAAAUGAGUGAAUUGAAUAAAAAAAAUAUAUCAGAAGAGCAAGUUGAAGGAUAUGUAAAUAAAUAUAAUCCGGAUAAUAUAAUAUAUAAUAUGGAACAAAUGAAUAAUAAUAUUAUGGAUUCAAAAGGAGUUAUGUUUGCAUCUGCAGAGGGUAUAUAUAAGAAGAACAAAGGAUCAGAUAUAUAUAUAAAAGAUAUUAAUAAUAUGGAUAAUAUAAAUAAUAUGAGUGGUAUAAAUUAUAUGAAUGAAUGUAAUAAUUCUUUUAUAAAAAGUUAUGGAAGGUUAGAAUUAUAUAAUAAACAAAAUAAUUAUUUUUAUGAUGGUCGAAAAAAAGUUCGUAUUAUUAUAUUAAUACAUGAUUGUGAAUAUUUUAAUAUAAACAUAUUAAAUGGUAUAUUAAAUAUAUUAAUAAAUUUACGUAUAGAUAAUAAAAUAUGUUUAAGUGUUAUAUUAGGUGUAUCAACACCUUCUUUUUUUUUUAAUAGAAUCACAACACCAGAUACACAAAGUAAAUUAAGAAUAAAAACUGUAGAUAUAUUAAAUAAUAAAUUAAUGUGUGAUCGAAUAUGUCAUAUUUUACUGUUUGAAAAUUUAUUACCAUUUAUAUUAAAUUUUAAAACUGUACAUGCAAUUAAAUUAUUAUUACAUAAAAACAAUCAAUCUAUAAGUCAUUUAAUACAUAUAUUAUAUAUAUUGACUAAAGAAUUUUAUGAUAAUAAUAUUUUGUCUUUCUUAUGUAUGCCAAUGAAUUAUUAUUUAAAUAUAUAUACAGAUGAUGAAGAGAAAGAAAUAAUAGAUUCACAUGAUUAUUCUCCUUAUACUUAUAUUCGUUCAUAUCAAGCAAAUCUUUCCAAUUUUUUUAAAUAUGAUAUAAGAAAAGUACAUCAGAAAAUAAUAUCAUUAUGUUAUUCAUCCAAUUUAUAUUAUCGUCAUUUGUCUUAUAUAAAAAAAAAAUAUUCAACUAUAUUGAUAAAAAAUUAUUUUCAGUUGCAUGGUCAAGAUUCUGUCAUACAAACACCGCGUAACUCAGAUGAUGAACCUGAGAUUUUUAAUUUAAAAACAAAGAAACUAGAUCAUAAGAAAAAAGAAAAAAAAGAUGUUCAAAGGAUAGAUAUAGAACCUUCAUCUAUAAAUAAUGACAUGAUAAAUGAUAAUGAAAAAAAAAAUCAUUUCGAUAGAGCUCGUUAUGCUUGGGAAUUCAAAACAAAGACAAUUAAUUGGUGGUAUGAUCAUCCAUUUAAAGAUUUAAUAUAUUUAUAUGAAAAUGACACAAUCAAAAAUAAUAAAAAAGAAGAAAUAAUUGAUAAAUUAUUAAAUGAAGAUGAUUAUAAUAAUAAAAAAGAGAUAAUAAAUAAUAUAGAUAAUAAUAUAAAUCGUAAUAAUAAUUUAUAUGAUAUUGAGAAUGUUAAAGAAAUAAAUAAAACAUUAUGUAGUUCUUCUUUACCUUUAAAUGUAUUACAACUACUUGAAAGAAAAUAUGCAUAUAAUAUAGCAAUAAAUUUAAUAAAUAUUAUUAUAAAAACAAAAUCUGAAUAUACAACAUCUAUAAAACGAAGUGAAUAUUUUAGAAAUUUAUUUGAAAAUUACGAAAAAAUAAAAUGGAAUGAAAAUAAAAAUAUAUUAUAUAUAGAACAAUUAUAUAAUAUUGUUGAAUAUGAUAUAAAGAAAUGUAUAAACUUUUUAAUUGAUAUGAUGACUCCUUAUUAUUUUAAAAACCAUCAGGUCUUAUUAAAUCUAUUUAAAGAAUUUAAAGAAUAUUAUACAAAUAUAUAUCCUAUUGUUUAUAAUUUAGAAGAUUAUAUAUAUUUAUUAAAAGAAAAAGAAUAUAAAAAAAAUCAGGAAUUAUAUAUUAAUGAUGAUUUUUCAAAGACUUAUACCUAUUCGUUUUCAUAUUCUAUAUAUUUUUCUCUCCUUUCACGUUUAGAUGAUAUGUUAGAGAUGCUUCGAAAUGUAAUUCAUAUGGAAGAACAGAAGAAGAACCAACCAAAUAAAUAUCCACCAUUUGAUGACAAUAAGGUUAAUAUGAAGAAGAAUGUUUCUUUUAAUAAUUCAAUUAGAAAAAGAGAAGAAUAUGUAGAUGAUUCGUAUUGUCUAUCAAGCAUGAGUGGUUAUAAGGAUGAAAAUGAAACGAACAAAAAUAAUAAUAAUAAUAAUAAUAAUAAUAUUAAUUUUUUUAUACAAAUAGAUAAUAAUCUAAAUGAACAAAAUCAAAAUAAUAAUAGUAAUAAUCAUAAUAAUAAUAAUAAUUGUAGUGAUGUAGAAAUAAAUGGACAUCAUAACCAACCUGUUAAUUAUAAUAAUUUAGAUAAUGAGCCAGAUGAUAUCUUUAAUAGUAAUACAACAAAAUAUUAUCCUUCCAAUAAUAUAAAGAUAGAAGAUAUUGAUAAUAAGAAAAAAAGAUUUAAAAGAUAUUUAACUAUAGAUAAUAAAAGCUUGAAAAAAAAAAAGAAUUAUGAACACAAUAUAAAUGCAGAAGAUAUAUCUAAUUGUAUAAAUUUAUUUAUACAUGACUAUAUAUAUUUAUUACUUCUACCUCCUAUAUCUUAUCAUCCACUAGCAUAUGAAUUAAUUUUAUAUAAACCUGAUAAAGAUUUUACAAACAUUAUGACUAGAGAUAUAAAAAAAGAAUUAUUAACAACCUUAUGUUAUACUAAUCCAUAUAAGACAGGAAAUUUAAUGUGUUCUUCAUGUUGUCUUUUUAAAGAUAAUCCUUACAAUAGUAAUCCUGAAAAUAAUAUUAUAAAUAAUAAUAAAAUAUAUCUAAACCCUACAUAUGAUAAUAUAUCUACAUUGGAAGAUAUGGUUAAUCUAUAUAGACUCUAUGAGAAGUGUAAUAAGACAAUUGAUCUUUAUAAUCUUUUUAUAUUAUAUUUAAAUCUUAAGGUCAAUAAGUAUUCGUCCAUUUCUAUAAAUGACAAGAAUAAAAAUGCCAUAAAAAACAAUAACAACAACAAUAAUAAUAAUAUUAAUAUUAAUAAUAUUAAUCGUCAAUGUAAGGAUGAGCAGGAUGUAAUAUCGUCGCAUUUAAACAGAAUGAAAUAUAAACAAACAGAUAAUUUAGCUACAGACAUACUACAAGAAUAUUAUUUAAAAUUUAUUAUUACCAUUAAUACAUUCUGCUCAUUUCUAAAAAUAUUAAAACCUCCAAAUGUUUCAGCUCUAUUAAAUUAUAAUGAACAAAAUGGAAAUAAUGAUGAUUAUUAUGAAGACGAUGAAUAUUAUAAUAAUGAUAAUAAUACAAAUCAUAACAGAAAAGGAAACAAAAAAAAAAACGAUGACAACUAUAAUACAUCACAAGAAUCCAUCAUACAAUUUUUAAAAGAAAUUAAAAAAUCAUUACAAGGAUGUACUAGUAAAAAAUUAUUAUUUGGAAAAUUAUAUUAUAAUCAUAUUAUAGCUUCAAGAGAAUAUUAUUUACAAAACUUUAUAGAAAAUAAUAAUGAAGAAUUAAAAAAAAAAUAA